AUGGAGGUUAAGCCAAGACUUGAAGAGGUUAGAUUCAUAUCUAUCUAUCUAUCUAUCUAUCUCAGCCUGUUCAUUAUCUAUCUAUCUAUCUAUCUAUCUAUCUAUCUAUCUAUCUAUCUCAGCCUGUUCUAUCAUCUAUCUAUCUAUCUAGCCUAUCUAUCUAUCUAUCUAUCUAGCCUGUUCACUAUCUAUCUAUCUAUCUAUCUAUCUAUCUAUCUAUCUAUCUAUCUAUCUCAGCCUGUUCACUAUCUAUCUAUCUAUUCAUCUAUCUAUCUAUCUAUCUAUCUUAGCCUGUUCACUAUCUAUCUAUCUAUCUAUCUAUCUAUCUAUCUAUCUAUGUAUCUAUCUAUCUAUCUAUCUAUUAUCUAUCUAUCUAUCUUAGCCUGUUAUCUAUCUAUCUAUCUAUCUAUCUAUCUAUCUAUCUAUCUAUCUAUCCCAUUGUCAUCAUUAUCUAUCUAUCCAAAUUUGUACCUCUCUCUCUCGCAGUCUCUCAAUAUCUCCAUUUUAAGUGAUUAUCUAUCUAUCUAUCUAUCUAUCUAUCUAUCUAUCUAUCUAUCUGUUGUUCAUAUAGACAUGGGAUGGGGUGUAAAUGCUUAUUCAGUGUAUACCCCUUCCCAAUUUUCCGUCUUUCUCUCUUUUGUUAUCUCUCUCUUUACUUCUCUCUGGCUUUCUCCCUUUUUUGUUCUCUUCUUUGUUCUUUCUUUCUUUCUUUUUUUUUCUUUCUUCUUCUUUCUUUCUUUUUCAUUCUUUCUUUCUUUCUUUCUUUCUUUCUUUUUCUUUUUUCUUUUCCUUUCUUUCUUUCUUUCUUUUUUUUCUUUUCUUUCUUUCUUUCUUUCUUUCUUUCUUUUUCUUUCUUUCUUUUUUUCUUUCUUUCUUUUUUUUUUCUUUCUUUCUAAAUUCAGCUCUUCCCAAUUUUCCAUCUUUCUCUCUAAAAUGAAAAAGAUUCUUUUAUUUUCUCUGGAGAUUUCUCCUUUUUGUUUAUUCUUUCUUUCUAUCUUUCUUUAUUUCUUUCUUUGUUUUCUUUCUUUUCUUUUCCUUUCUUUCUUUCUCUCUUUCUUUCUCUCUUUCUUUUCUUUCUUUCUUUCUUUUCUUUCUUUUUUUUCCUUUCUUUCUUACUUUCUACAUUCAGCUCUUCCCAAUUUUCCAUCUUUCUCUCUUUUGUUCUCCCUCUCUUUACUUCUCUCUGGAUUUCUCCCUUUUUUGUUCUCUUCUUUCUUUCUAUCUUUAUUUUUUUCUUUGUUUUCUUUCUUUUCCUUUCUUUUUUCCUUUCUUUCUUUCUUUUCUUUCUUUCUUUCUCUCUUUCUUUCUUUUCCUUUCUUUCUUUCUUUCUUUCUUUCUUUCUUUCUUUCUACAUUCAACUCUUCCUAA